AUGUUCCACAAGCGAGGUCAAAUUGAUUUGGAUAAGCAAAAGACAUGCGAUGAAAAAAAGUGGGAGAUAUGCAAGAAGCAAGGUAUAGAUCUGAUUGAAAUACCAUUCGACUCAGAUUUUUAUGCAUUUAUGAAAAGUGAAUUGCAAGAGAGAGGUAAAAAGCUCCAAUGCAUGUUUAAUGGAAAAAAAGGUAAUCGGUAUAUUAAGAAUGAUGAUCUGGUAUUGAUAGGAAAGCAUUCUGAACCAAAAUGGAUAUCUCCAGAUAAAAUUCCAGAUAUAACUAAAUUCUUUUCAGAGCGAAGUACAGUUGUUGUAUUUGAGAAUUUAUAUGCCGAACCAAAAAAAGUACAAGAACGAAUUAUUCCCUACUUUAUUAGUGGCCAGCAUCAAAAUAUCUUACCCAUAUAUGUAAGCCAGAAAUAUACACAAACCCCAAAAAUUAUUCAUAAUUCAAAAAAAGCAUCCAAGAUCAUCGAUAAACAUUUGCGGGAUCGAGAUUUUAUGGUUUUUGAUUUUACUAAGGCAGUAGAUGAUCCUCUAAGUGUACAGCUUGGUUGGGAUACCGCUUUAAAAUUGGAUUAG